GGAUGUACAGGAACAUGCCGACAGGAGAGCGUGCGGACGAGCGAUGACAGCCAUGCUGAGCCCAAAGAUCAGACAGACCAGGAGAGCCAGGUCAAAGAGCAUGGUGAUGAGCGAGGUGUCGCGAGGAUCGUGCCGCCCAGCCUCCCCGAGCCUCCACGAAGGGGCGCUGAAGGCGGGGUGGCUGAAGAAGCAGCGCAGCAUCAUGAAGAACUGGCAGCUGCGCUGGUUCGUGCUGCGCUCGGACCAGCUCUACUUCUACAAAGACGAGGAAGAAACCAAACCGCAGGGCUGUAUACCACUGCAGGGAUGCCUGGUCAAUGAGCUCACAGCUAAUCCAGAUGAACCAGGAAGGCACCUGUUUGAGAUCGUACCAGGCGGAACAGGAGAGAAGGAUCGGGCACCCAUCAGCCAUGAAUCCUUCCUGCUCAUGGCAAACUCCCAGAGCGAUAUGGACGACUGGGUCAAGGCCAUACGGCGGGUCAUCUGGGCACCAUUUGGAGGAGGGAUAUUUGGCCAGCGUCUAGAGGACACAGUGCAGUACGAGAAGAAGUUUGGCCCCCGCCUUGCACCCCUGCUGGUUGAGCAGUGUGUGGACUUUAUCAGAGAGAGGGGUCUGGAUGAGGAAGGUCUCUUUCGAAUGCCAGGACAGGCCAACCUGGUCAGGGAGCUGCAGGAGGCCUUCGACUGUGGGGACAAGCCCCUGUUUGACAGUAACACAGACGUCCACACAGUGGCAUCCUUGCUGAAGUUGUACCUGCGAGAGCUGCCUGAACCAGUUAUCCCCUUCUCCAAAUAUGAAGACUUUCUAACCUGUGCGCAGCUUUUGGCCAAAGAUGAGGAGGAGGGAGUCCAGGAGCUUGGAAAGCAAGUUAGCACUCUACCUCUACCGAACUACAACCUCCUCAAGUACAUAUGCAAAUUCCUUGAUGAGGUCCAGUCCCACUGUAAUGAGAACAAGAUGAGUGUCCAGAACCUUGCCACAGUAUUUGGACCUAACAUCCUUAGACCGAAGAUGGAGGACCCAGUCACUAUCAUGGAAGGAACUUCUCUUGUUCAGCACCUGAUGACAGUCCUCAUCAGGGAACACAACCGUUUGUACUCAGGGAGGGAACAGGAGGGGCCAGCUCUACCCCAAACUGAGAUCCCCAUCCAAGGGCAUCAUCUCCAACACCGCAGCCUGGGAGCCUGGAUCUCUGAAGAGGACCUUCAGAGUUGCCCCGUCUCCAACCCAGACCAAGAUCUGCACAGCAGUGCCUCAUCCCUGGACGCCAAGCUGUGCGCAGCUGUCAGUCCCACUCAGACCCCUAACCCAAACCCUGGACCAAAACUUGGGUCUUCAUCGGGAAAGGGUGAGACGGUAAUCAGUCCGAGUAAACAAGCCAAGACCAUGCCUUCCUGGAAAUAUUCCUUCAAAAGCUCCUCAGCGCCUCGUUCCCAGCCGCAAGCUAAGCAAACCAGCAGCAGUGGCUCCGCAGCAGAUACAACCAGUCUGUCUUCUGGUGGUGGAGGAGGUGGAAGCAGUGGCAACUGGCUUAUGAACGGUUUGUCCUCCUUGAGGGGACACCGGCGCACAUCUUCAGGUGAACGGUCCACUCGUGACCGUGACUCCACCGGCUCCUCCCAGAGGCUGUCCACGUAUGACAACGUGACCUCCUCCUCUAGCAUGGGGAGUGUUCCAAGUGUAUCCAGCACACCGUGGUCCACGUCCUCCUGUGAAAUAUCUGUCCCGGACUCAGUAAGCGAGCCCCCGGUGCACCAGAACUGUGGAGGUGUGGUGGAAGGUGGAGAAAGCCACAGAGAGAUUAACAAGGAAAGGGAUGGAGGAAUGACGACAGACGCGAGCUCCGAGCAGGACAGUUGCGAGGCCAUGGAGCUGUGCAGCAGCAGCGCGGCCUGCAGUGAAAAUGGAAACGUGGCCACGGCAGCCGGGGUGCCGUCCAUUAUCAUGUCCGAAGAUGGAGAAGGGGAAAAACUAACACUGAGCAGCCUGGUAGAGGGACUGAAAGACGAGCUGAGAAAACAGAAGACUACAUAUGAGGCCAGGAUCCAAAAAUUGGAAGAGUCUAGUGCUGCUCUGUGUGCCCAGAUGGAGCGUUUGGAACAGGAGAUGGAGCAGGAGAGGAAGAAGCAGCGCAUGCUGGAGAUAAAACUCAGAAACUCUGAGCGGGCACGGGAGGAUGCGGAGAAUCGCAACCGCCUCUUGGAAAAGGAAAUGGAGGAUUUUUUUGCCACGCUGGGCGAUCUGGCCCUCGGUGCAAGGACUAGUGACCUUUGAUACACGGCCUCUCAUCAAAUAGAAAAUAAAGAAAACCUACUUGUGCACAUUCAGGAAACGUUAAAAAGAUGCAUAGAGAUCAGAUAGAAAAUUCUGAAGGAAAUAAACUUUGACUGUUUUCCUUCUGAGGAUCAUCUCUACUAAACAGCAAGUGGUCUUGAUUUUGUUACGCAUGCUUCAAACUCAUUUUAAAAAGAUGGCCCUCCUGUGAUUACUGCAGAGGUUUGUCUUACAAACGGAGUUCGGGUGCCUGGAUAUGAAUUGUGAAACAUAAUGUAACAUUUUAUGAAGUGGAUAGCACUGACUUCUUUAACCACUACUUUAAAAGGACAAUAACUGAAUGGAUUUUGUGUUAAAAGUGUGCAACUUAAGACAGCGGACUGCUGUCUAUCUGUAUGGGAUCUUAAAGCAAUAGCUUCACAUUUUGGGAAAUACACUUAUUUGCUGUCUUGCAGAGAGUUAGAUGAGAAGUGUGAAACCUAUCUCAUGCCUGUAUGUCAAAGAAGGCGCUAAAGCUAGUAGCCAUUGAGCCUAGCUUAGGGGCACAAACACGUGGCUCUAGAACCAUUAGUAAAGAGCAAUUUUUGUAAGAAGUUUUUUUUUAAGCUAUUAGGCUAUUGAUUAUAAAAUGCAAAAGCCUACUGGGCUUAUGAACACAGCUUCAUAGUGAUUGUUUCAAAGUAGGCAUAA